AUGGGUCUGCGCCGGAGUAUCGGCUUCAUCUCCGGCAGUGGGUUGACUAUUGGUGCAAUGGUUGGCAGCGGGAUUUUUAUGUCUCCCGGAGAAGUUCUAGGGGCAGCUGAGCUUGGUCUAAUGUAUCCAGAGUCAGGGGGAGCCUAUGUUUAUAUCAACGAGGCUCUUGGAGAUCUCUUCGCAUUUUUGUACGCGUGGUCGUCGAUUCUCAUCGUUCGCCCGGCGUCAGCUGCAAUCGGUGCCGUUUCAUUUGCUGACUAUAUGUGUGAGGUGUUUUACGAGCCAGGCUGUGCGCCGUCGCUUUUGAAGAAGCUUAUUGGAAUGUCUCUCAUUCUCUUCCUUGGAAUGGUCAACGCCAAGAGCCUGAAACUCUCAAGCCUAGUUUCUCGCGAUCAACAACUUUAG